AUGACCGAAGACGACGCCGCUGCCGAACGACUCAUCACCCACAGCCGCGAUGUUCCGAGCAGCCCGCGCGAUGAAUACGCAGACGAAGAUGGCGAGGAGUAUGCGGGCAUAGACGUGGAUGAGAGUAGUCUGGUCUCUCCUGGGGCGUUUAUAUGGGGCUUGACUCUGUGUGCUGGUGUCAGUGGUCUUUUGUUUGGCUAUGACACCGGCGUAAUCUCUUCGACCCUGGUAUCCAUCGGCUCAGACCUCUCCUCCCAUCCUCUCACCACCCUCGACAAAUCCCUAAUCACAUCGUGUACCUCAUUCUUCGCCCUCCUCGCCUCGCCCUGUACCGGCCUUCUCGCUGACGCAUAUGGACGCAAAACCGUUAUCCUGAUCGCCGACGUCCUGUUCGUGGUUGGCGCUCUGAUGCAGGCAUGGACCACCACCGUAGCCGCGCAAGCUUCGUUGUGCCGCUGUAUAUCAGCGAAUUGA